GCUGUCACCAAAAAUUACAAUAGGAGACCGCGGGGAUUUGAAACAGAGGUGAUUUGAAACAGUACCGAUUUCUCGGAACCUUAAAUCGUUAGCGAGUGGCGACGCCGCUUUUCAACCACUUCCUUCCGCCCGCAGACGUGUCAGUUCGCGUCGGUGGCGCAAGUCGCGCGGUUGUAGAGUUCUGUGUUCCAAGUGACAAAAAUUGUGAAAACAUGCCUACUGAUUAUAAAAGAAAGACUGACAGAGGUAUGGCAAAUCGAGAAAUAUAUGAUCUUGCUGUAGAAGAAGUCACUUUGCGACAGAAAAGUCUCCGUGACGCGGAUUCGAGUUACAACCUGAACCAUACCGCCCUCUACAGCUUCAGAGGAGAAGAUACUCUGUGACUAUCUUUUAAACUGCGCUGCUGCUAACUUUGGCUUAAGAACUGAGGAAGACAGAACUUUUGCAAUGAGUUGGCUGUAGAAUCCAAUAAAAAAAUUCCUCCUUCUUGGACUGAGCAUGAAAUGGCUGGAG